GUGACUGACCUUGUACACAUUUGGAUGUGAAUUCAGUUACCAUAUAUUCCUUGCACUGUAAAAUGCUAUCUUCAAGUAAUCCGGAUGAAGAAAAUUGUCGUAUAUGCAAUAUAAGUAUGAAAAAUUGGAAUGUGGAACGAAGAAAGCUUCAUAAAAAUUCAUGUUGUGAAACAGCAAUGAUAUACUGUCAUCGUUGUCCUGCAUGUCAUAAAGAAAUUGAAAGUCGAGUAUCCAGAACACACCUAAAACGAUGUGCUUCACGACUUAAGAUGGAUUUAUUCAGUUUUAUGGCUUUAUCAUGUCAAGAUCAACAUUUUAUCAGACCAGAAAGUGAAGAUAUUCAUACAGCUUAUGCAUUAUCACUGUCUAUGGAAGAAGAAGUGAAGCGAAGAAAAUCUGAGGCGAUUUUAGGUGAAAAAAUCCUGCCUACUGAUUUAGGCCCACCGGAACACUUACUUCUGUCAAGGGAAAAACGUGAAAAUAUAUUUGCACAAAAAUUGGAAUCAAUACUUUUAGAGGUUAAACAAAUUGAUAAACAAUCCAUCAAGAGAAAUUCCUCCAAACAUAGUCACAGAAGAAUGAGAUCCAAUCUUUGGCGUCUAGCUUCAACAGAGCUUAAUCUAAAUGAUGACAUCAGACAGUUAUACUAUGUUAAUCAAUUAGUCCCGCCAUUAAGUCCUAAAAUUGGGAAUUUAGGCUCAGAGAUAAUUUCAAUGUCACAAAUCCCUGGACGUGUUUCAAUACAUGCGACGCAUAAAUGUGAAUCUAAUACUGAUGAUAUUAGCAAUGAGUAUAAUAAUACCAGUAAAUGUGAAAAUGUCAUUACUUGGGUCAAGGAUGUAAAGAAGGAAGAUGAACAGAUAUCAUCAGAUGGAUGUAAUAAUAAAUCUCCUGAUGAACCUAAACAGUGCACAAAUGAAUAUUCUGUAUUAUCGGAUAAUUUAUUGUCUGAAAAUAAUAAAAAAGAUGAACGAAUAUCAUCAAGUGGAUGCAAUAAUAUCUCCCUUGAAAGUAGGAAACCCUGGACAAUAGAACAUUCUGUCAUAUUACGUAAUUUAUCGUCUGUAAACAAUAAAACUAAUUCAAGGUUAUUUCUCUCCAUGGUCGCCAAUGAACUGUGCUCAGAUAUGUGUCUAAUUUUGGAUAAUGGUGAUAUACUACCAGCUCAUAAAUUCAUUUUUGCUGCUUGGAGUUUAAAUGUGAAUUACUCACAGUCGGAUAUUUUACAAAUUCAUAAUGUUACAAAAAGCGAACUUAUCGAUCUACUCAACAUAUUAUACAGUGGUGAUCAGUCUAAUCUCAAUGUAGAAUACUUUAGCCAAGCUUCAGAAGGAAUUAAAACUAUUCUCACAAAUUGGGGUCUUAUACGUCUGAUGGAUAUCAAAAAGACUGAAGAUUUUUGCCCACCAUAUUCUCCAAGUGUAUCAGUCGAGUACAAAGUGGAAGAUGAUACUACAAGCAUCUAUAAUUCUCAUCACCACCUAUCACUUGGUAAAUCAGUACCCUCUCCAACGUCGACAUCUCCGAGGUUAUCUAUUUCACCAACUGUUAUACAAACAACAAAUAAUUCAUACAAUACUGUGAAGAAUCCUCUCCACUCUCCGCCUGCCAACAACCAGUUGAAUCAAGAGAUUCCGUCUACUGUGAUAAGAAACAGCUCUUCACCAACUAAUUUUAUCAGUUCCACUUCAAUUAAUCAUGAGGCUAGUGAAGAAGAGAAGUUUCAAUCACCUGUAUUACUGCCUACAAUAGUAUCUACAAUGAAGACUCCUGCAUUAUCUGCUCAACAAGAAAAUCUACACUCUUCUAAAGAUCCAGCUCAAUUCAGUCGUGAUUUAUUCUUUUCAUCAGAUGAUGAUGGAGAAAACAGCGACAGUGAUAUUCCUGAUAAUGGGAGGUGUGGUGAGAUGAACAGAGUGGAUGACAAUGAUACUAACAGUAUAGAUGUUGAAGAACAUCAUCGUUAUAUUCAGCAUGAAAUACCGAAAUCUCCUGAGGAGGAGGAAGAGGAAGAGAAGGUGAAGGAUGUGGAUGAUAAUAGUAAUCAAAAUGAAAAUAUUCAAUCUCCUACAGAUAUGGUUAUUGAUCUCAUACAGCCAGAAACAACAGGCGUUAACUGCUAUUCACCUAUGCAUAUCAUCAACAAUUCAUCCAUUGGGAAUGAAUCUUUGAAAAGGAAACAAUCUCCACUGAAUAGAUCGCCUCCUGUUACUAUGACAGUAGCAACAACAACUACUACUAAUGAUAGUAGUACUUCAAGACAUGUAUUCGAUUCAUGGUUAGACGAUGGAACCACUCCACCGCCAUUGAUGAAACGUUUACGUUUGUCUAAUGAUGAUAGGAUGAUUUCAAAUACUUCUACUUCUACUACUACUACUACUACUCCUACUACUGAUAUUACUUCUACGCGUAGUAUCGAUACUACUGUUGUCAGUAGUACCACAACUUCGAAUGUUUCUAUGAGAAAUUCUCUUCUCACGGAUUCAAUACUAAGCUAUUUUAGCACAGAUCUGCCUAUUGAUAAUAAUGAAUGCAACAGUGGUUCCAUUGGCGGAGAAAAUCAGACCGCUGCAUCCCCUAAAGCUACCUCUGCAAUGAAUCAGUUCUUCACGCCGGAGAGGAGGAAUCUAUCAGCGCCUAUCCAUCAUGAGUUGAUGAAUACACCACCAUUUACUCCACUGCCUAAAUAUGAAGAAAUGAUGACUCCAGAGUUGAAACGUGCUUUGUCUAAAUACGGUGUUAAACCACUACCACGGAAACGUGCUGUUCUACUUUUAAAAGAGAUAUACAAUCAACUGCAUCAAUACGAAGAAACUGACGCGAACCAGAGUGAAUCGACACGUAAUAAUGAAGUUGGAAUCGUUUCAAACCAUAAAGUUGACAGAGAUCCUCCUACCCUCGGAGGAGGCAGCAGUUGUAGUAGUAACAAUAGUAGUAAUAAUAAUAAUAAACGCAAUACUAAGUCAAAUAAUUCAAAAUCAACUAGACAUCAAAACGUUUCAUCUUCUGUUCGUGGUGAUGUUAUUUCCUCAGUAUCCAAUAGUAUUAGUACUAAUACUAAUAGUCAUUAUUAUCAACAGACGACGACGUCGCAGUCCCAGUCAUCCACCUCACCGAUAAUGAGGGCAGAGAUAACUACAAGCACUGCAACAGUAAGAACAACAGUAACUACUACUACGACUAAUUCUACAACUUUAUCCUCUUCCUCAACUCAUCUCGACCAUCAACACCGCCACCACAGCAAUAAUAGCAACACAGAGUAUUGCUCAUAUAAUGAUGAAACUAUUGCUGUUCUUCAACAGAUGUCUAUCUUAGAUAAUGCUGAAGACGAGGAGAAAGAAGAAGAAGAAGAAGGCGAGAUUGAAAACGGUUGUAAUAAAAAGCAACAAAGUCAUAAGGAUAAGAAUGCUAUACAACAAACUGUGUUGAAUUAUUUGAAGAAUGAUGCCAAUUUAUAUAUGAAUAUAUUAACAUAUACGGUAAUUAGAUAUUUUUUAUAUAUAGUGAGUAACGUCCAUUUCUAUUUUAGCCAUUAGAAUUUGAUAUUGUACAUAAUAUGCUUAAAUCAGCUGGUAUAAUAAUUGGUCAACAGAAAUUAAUGAAUCUUUUAGAUGAUCAGUGUAUAACAUUCACUCUACGGAAUCGUGUUAAGCAUCAUAAUACCGCUGGUGCUAGUGCUGGUAAUUCAAGGAAUAAACGAUCAGUCAAUCCAAACAGAAAAGUAUCAUCGAAUCAACGGAGACAUCAAACUUAUCAUAAAACCUAAUAUUAAUAUCUUUCUAUAGAAAUAUUAAUACUGACUAUUGAAAUCUUUCGUCCACAUGAGAAGUAUGAUAUCUAACGAUAAUUUGUAUUUUUGUAUAUUUAUUGAUUUAUUUCCUUCAUUAUUUCAUUAUCUGUAAAUAUGAAUAAAGUUAACUGAAAAACACAAC